AUGGGUUCUUCAAGUGCUAUCUCCCUCCUCACAUUCUUGACUCUCCUCUACCUAUUCUCCUUCUCAUCCUCCGCCAUCCAUAGCCCAGUUCCGGCGGCGGAUAUCUGCCAUUCCACAACCUCUCCAUCCUUCUGCAAAGCCUUCCUCCCCAACUCCCUUGCCACCGUCCACUCCCAUUGCCGCUUCACUCUCCGCCAUGCCCUCGCCCAUGCACGCUCCUUCCUUGCCCUCGUCGACACCCACCUCGCCCUCUUCCCCUCCCUCGCUGCCCUCCACGACUGCCGCUCCCUCGCUGCGGCUAACCUCGACUUCCUAUCCAACACCUUCCCCACAGUCAACACCACCACCACCACCACAAACGCCCUUCCCUUCUAUAAAGCCGAUGAGAUGGUAUCGUUGCUUAGCGCAGUCAUCACCAAUGAAAACACUUGUUACGAAGGGCUGCUGAGCUCGGGCUCGGGCUCGGUUGAUAAGGUGUUGAAGGCCAUCUCCUUCGAUACAAAGCUUUAUAGUUUGUACCUUUCUUUGUUCAAAAUGGGUUGGGUUUCUAAUGAUGUCAAGGCUCCUCAUGUCCCAAAGAUGAAGCAUUUUGGGCGUGGAAAGGGUCAGUUGAAGCUCAACAUGUCCCCCAAAAACCGUGCCUAUUAUGAGCGCUUGAUGCAUAGGAGGAAGCCACCGGCUAGGAGGCUUCUUCAAACCAAUUCUAAUGAAGAUGAUGGAAUUUUGGUCAAUGGUAUUGUUGCGGUGGAUCCUAAUGGAACAUAUGACUUCACCACCAUCAACGCCGCCAUUCAGGCAGCUCCCAACAACUCCGUCGCCGCCGAUGGAUAUUUCUUGAUCUUCGUCACUGCCGGAGUUUACAACGAGAGCGUGAUGGUUCCCAAACACAAAAAGUACGUGUUGAUGAUUGGAGAAGGCAACAACCAAACCAUCAUCACCGGCAGAAAAAACGUCCCCGAUGGCUCUACCACUUUCAAUAGCGGAACCGUUAUUGUGGAGGGAACAGGGUUUUUCGGGGUGAACCUGACGAUCACCAACACAGCCGGACCCAACAAAUUCCAAGCCGUGGCAUUGCGAGUGAGUGCCGACAUGACGACGUUCUACAGUUGCAUAUUCGAAGGGUAUCAAGACACUCUCUACCCUCACUCUCUUCGACAAUUUUAUAGAGAGUGCGACAUCUACGGAACUAUAGACUUUAUUUUGGGAGACGCGGCUGUGGUGUUCCAAAACUGCAACAUUUACGCCCGCCUCCCUAUGAAAGGCCAAUACAUUGUCAUAACCGCUCAAGGCCGAACUGACCCAAAUCAAAACACAGGAAUCUCCAUCCACAACUGCACCAUCAAGCCCACUGCGCAGCUCGCAGCCAGCCCCACCAUCAAGAGCUACUUCGGUAGGCCGUGGAAGGAGUACGCUCGAACAGUUUACAUGCAGUCGUUUAUCGAUGCGUUUAUCGACCCAGCAGGGUGGAAUGUGUGGGACGGGACUUUGAAUUUGAACACGUCGUAUUAUGCUGAGUUUAAUAACUCGGGGCCGGGAUCUGACACUUCGCGGCGGGCUAAAUGGGCGGUCGGUUUGAUUAACGCCACCGUGGCUAAUAACUUCACGGUGUCUCCGUUCUUGGGUGGAGAUCAAUGGCUACCGCCGACCACCGUGCCGUACACUGGUGGUUUGAUAUCAUAA